UAUCAUCAUAAUUUUUCAUUCAGCCAGGUCUCACAAUCGUCUGGAAGGAUGUUGCUUGUUGAUGCAACUGGAAGCAUUGAUGUUAUCAUACCAGAUCUUCCAUCAAGUUUGAACAUCAAUAACAUAUAUGAGGUCAGAAAUUUUUUUGCAAUUAUGGAAGACAUACCCAUGAAGCUGGGUCCUGUGGAUUUACUCCAAAAUGCACCUUUCACGUGUAGAAGUAUUUUUGAGAAUGCUCCACUUGUGAGAGAGAUGAACAUGCCACUGCAUUUUUACUACGACCUGAGGGACCUAAUACCUGUAAAUCAUCAUUUUACUACCUCUGUACAUUCACCAGUUGACUUUCAGAAAGUUGGACGAGGAAAGUAUCAUCUACUUCAGUUGAUGCACAAAUUUCCUAUUCUGCAAAAGCAUCAGUUUCAAGGAAGUCAACAUGCUUCAAAUACAUCAAGCAUAUUUGCUGAGGCCUUAAUUUUGCCUUGGGAUUUACUUAUUGCUGGCAACAACAGAGAUACCUGUAUUGAAGAGCCUUUGAUAGACCAAUUGAAGCAACCAAUGAAAUUUUUUAAUAGAAUGGAAAUUGGAAAGCUUAGUGCAUGUAAAAGACAAAAGCCUGAUCAACUGUCUAAUGAGGCUUUGACAUCUGCACUCAAUGAUACUGGAAAUGAACCGAGUUACAGCUCCAGUCACCCUGCUUACACAUGCUCUUUUGUGGUGGGCAAGCGUCAUGACUCAUGCUGUCCAGAGGAGAUCCCGUGUCUUGUGACGGGAAAUCGUGUUAAUUAUCCUUUCCUUGGUAUGUUGCACCACACAGACACCAGAACAGAUGUGGGGUCUUGCUCCAAACCACAAGUGAGAAGGGGAUUGCUGGAAUUCAAGUCUGAAGCUUUAUCUGUUUAUGAGAGGUUAAAAAUUGGAAGUCAUUACCUUAUAAAACAUCAGAAAGAAGAUUUGUUUUGUACUGAUGCAAUAGGUGAUACAAUAGUUGUGAAUUCGGGAACCAACAUUUGGAGCAUUUCUUUUUCAUCUGUUAAUGUUCACCAAAAUUUUGAUGUAUCCUGCUUGCUUCAACAGUCUGGCUCCUUUUUAAGUCACAAUAAUGAUCUUCCAGAAGGCUAUCAUCAGUUUCGAAUUCCAAACUCUUUGCCUAAUGGAAGCAAUGAUAUCUCUUCAGAUGUCAACUUAUAUAUGCCAUCUGAUGUCACAAACUUAUUUGAUGUUAACUUGGUGUUGUUGGAAAACUGUUCUCUCGAGCCUCUUGUUCCAUUUGGAGAAAUGACCAACAUCUGCCCCUCUGAUCAUAAUUUGCCAGAGGGAAAUCUAACAUCUAUUCAUGGGCAAAUCAAGGCUGUUCAUUGUUCAGAUGGAAAAUCAUAUGCUGCACAUUUGAGGUGCGAGAGCAUCAAUGGUGUUUGUCCAUCACUAUUCUUAGAAGGAACUAUCAGUAUAUGUGUCCACGUUUUAAUAGACCAUAAGAUGGUAUCUUCUUUUUGCUUUUCAUCUUCUGAACUUAUU